UCAGCGUGACAUCAGUAAAUACCGGAGAGGAAUACCGGGAGACCUCAGCUCAGAGGUUUGAUUUAGCGAUGAGGAUUUCCUGUCGGAUGCGGCAAACCGGCAUCAUAAUCUGCAGAUAUUGUAACUGAGAGCUUGGGGUGGUUCUGGAAGAACUCUUAUCUGUAAAUUAAAGCCAUGGGGAAGGAUUACUAUAAGACCCUUGGCAUACCUGCAGGCUCUAAUGAGGAUGAAAUCAAAAAAGCCUACAGGAAGAUGGCCCUAAAGUUUCAUCCAGACAAAAACAAGGAUCCUAAUGCUGAAGAGAAGUUUAAGGAGAUAGCAGAGGCUUAUGAAGUUCUGAGUGACCCAAAGAAGAGAGUGAUCUAUGACCAGUAUGGCGAGGAUGGUUUGAAAACAGGUGGCACAGGCUCAUCUAGUGGACAAGGGACUACAUAUCACUACACUUUCCAUGGUGAUCCACAUGCCACCUUUGCUUCUUUCUUUGGAGGCUCCAACCCCUUCGAUAUAUUCUUUGGCUCUGGACGCCAGCGAGGAACCACUAAUGGCUUUGCAGACCAUGGUGACCAUGACAAGGACAUUGAAAUGGAUGGAGAUGAUGAUCCCUUCAGUUCCUUCAGCCACUUUGGUUUCAAUGGUGUCAACGGUUUUCACCAUGGUGGAGGUCGAAGACAUCGCAAUGAGCCCCUUCAUGGCGGCCGGAGGAAAGUACAGGACCCUCCUGUAGUACAUGAGCUUAGAGUGUCUCUAGAAGAGAUCUUCCACGGAUGUACCAAGCGGAUGCGAAUCACUCGCAGACGACUGAACCCAGAUGGAAGGACAAUGAGGACAGAGGACAAAAUCCUUAACAUUGUCAUCAAGAGAGGCUGGAAGGAAGGGACCAAGAUCACCUUCCCCAGAGAGGGUGAUGAGACACCUGAGAACAUUCCUGCUGAUAUUGCAUUUGUGCUCAAGGACAAAGGGCAUCCACUCUUCAAAAGGGAUGGCUCCAAUAUCAUUUACACAGCCAAGAUUGGUCUUAAGGAGGCUUUGUGUGGCUGCACAGUGAACAUUCCCACCAUUGAAAACCGAGCCAUCACAUUGCCCUGCAACGAUAUCAUCAAACCAGGCACAAUCAAGAGACUGCGUGGAGAAGGCCUACCUUUCCCGAAAAAUCCAUCCCAACGCGGCGAUUUGAUAGUGGAGUUUCAGGUGCGCUUCCCAGACAGAAUACCACCCCAGUCCAGAGAGAUCAUCAAACAGCACCUACCACAGUCCUAGAGGAAGUUCAGUGGAUUCCCUUUAUGCUUACGGUUUUCAAACACACGUUUUCCUUAGAAAUAGAGACACUGAAUCAAAGAGGACCAGAGGCUCAUUUGAUAUUUUGUUACAGUUUUAAUUGACUUUCACUGAACAUGUGGAACGCCCAGGACUUUUUUAAAAGUAAUGUUUUAUUAUUUCCCCUCAACAGUUUUUAUUCUCUGUAUCAAGAUAUUGAAGGCAAACAGUUAUAGAGGAAAACAAAAUGACCGAUUUUUUUUUUUUUUUUGGAUGGAAGGUUAAUAUUUUUGGUGCACUGAUGGAGAUGAGGACAAUCCAAAAACAACCGGUUAUUCCGAAAUUGAAUCUGUGUUAUUUUGUAGCAGAUGAAACUCUUUUUCAUUGUAAUAAUCGAUAAGCUUGUUUUGAAUGUUGAUUAUGUAAGACAACUUAAGUGUUGGAGACUUUUGGAUUUUUGAGCACCAGCAGAGCCAUUUGGUAAGGAUGUGAUAUAUUUCCACUCUCUGACCCAUAUCUACAGGUGCUUUCUGCUAGUUUUUGAAGUACCAGGUACUGGCAUUUCUGGUUAUCAUUUAGUGAUGUGAUCAAGGGAUUUUUUAGGUCACAGAAAUUUUGAGUGCCUUACUGAGGCGAGCCAGCUGUUUUAUUUUCAUUAGCAUAGACAAUAGGGUAUUAUCGAAACAAAUACUGUAAUCAGACUAUUUUGCCAUUUCAGUAACCAAAAAUAAUGUAUUGCAGUAAAAUCAUUAAAGGGAUAGUUUACGCCAAAACGAUCAAUCGGUGAUUGUAGUCGUUGUCAUGCAACUCAUAACGUCAUUGUUUCCGUGGAACACGCGAGUUAGCUAGCAGAAUGUCCUGGCUGUUUUUCCAGAUGAUGGUGACUGUGGCUGUCAAGCUAUCUCUUACACCUUCCAAGUUGUAUAGCUUUGUGUCAUAAUUGAAACAGACAAAACUUAACUAUUACAUGUGCUGCUGUGUACCUUGCCUCUAGCGGUCAAGAAAUUGUGUGUUGUAGAAUCACCAGCUCUGAUUGUAAAAGAAUGACUAGAAAUGAGAUGAGAAAGUUUUCUUUUAAAGGUGCAAAAGAGAAAAAAAAGUAACAAAAAAUAUAAUCAUCAUAGGCAAUAUCUUAUAUAUCAUAUGUGUAUUCAGUCAUAUUCGUCAAUCCAAGUUAUAUUAUUCAAUGAUUUGGCACAUCACACGUAUCAGUCAGUCAGUCAUUUUUCUAAGACACUAUAUAUAUGUAGAAAAAAAUUCAAAGACAUGGCUGCAAAUAUUUGUAUUUCAAAAGCAAUUAUUAUUUUUUAUUAAGUAUAAUAAAAGGAAAUGUGCCUUCCAAAAACAUUCAAUAUAAUAUCAAUGUGUUGUAUAAAGAAAAUAAAAAGGACAUGAGCAAAUAUAAGUAAAGUUUGAGACGAUUGGAUCAGUUGUGCUCCUUCUUUGGAAUACUAUUUUUUUUUUUUUUUUUUGUGGAGUACUUAAUGCGGCCCAGCCUGACCCAGACUCUACCUCCAGCGGCCCCCAGUUCAGUUGAGUUUGAGACCCCUGACCUAGACUGUCUUGGUCAAAUGUCCUUACCAUUUUAUGAUUUGGUCUGACAAUUCUUUUAUUUAUUUAUUUUUAUUAAAUAUAAACAGUUCUUCAUUGUUUUAUUAACUGAGAGCAGGGAAGUUUCAGUGAAAAGCAAAUUCUGGUCUGUUCCUCAUGUUAGGAUGUUUUCUUUUAGAAUUUGACUGUCAAAACUCGCUUUCAUUGUAUAGAAAAGAACAGCUGGGUCAUUCUGCUAAAUAACUCAUUUUGUGUCAUGGGAAAAAAAUAUUUGGACAAGAUAAUUAUUGAAUAAUCAUUGAAGCAAAUAGCUAUUAAAAAUGCUCAUUUGUUUAUUUUAUUAUACACACCAUCUCGUAUAAGAAACACAAGCAUUCUCCAAAGUGCAGCAUGAUAGUCUCAGCAUAUUAAGAUGAAAAUAUAAUUUGCAUUGAAUGAAAAGCUAUGUUACCUAAUGUUGAUUAGCGUUUGAAGAUUGGUCAGUGUGAAACUGAGAACUGUGAUAAAUACAGAUCUUCAUUGUUCAGUAACCACAGCUACAAUUAUUGCAAACUUUUUUAAUGAAGUUAUUAGGGAUGGAUUUGCUUUCAAACAGCUUUUUACUACAAAGGUUUCAGUAUUUUACACUUUUAAAUGUGUGCAAUGUGAAAUAAACUGCAAUAGUUGUCUAUAUUUUAGUUUCAAUUUAAAGCACAGAGCCUCCUUUCAAUGGAUUUGUGAUGUACCAUCUUUCUACAGUAACAACAGCAUUUGAGUAACAGUAUUUUGAUAUAAGCAACAAUUUUCAUUUCUCCAGGGAUCCAUCUAGGAUAUCUCUUAUACAGCCAUUACUGUAUUUGUGUUACAUUGAAAGUAUGGAAGAUCACAAGCUUUUUAAAGACUGGUGUAAAAUAGUUUCAUUAUGUACUCACAGGACUUUUGGACAUCCAUUCAUUGUUUUGAAUUUGAAUGUCAGAUUUGAAAUGUCUCAUGUUUAUGACUUCUGUCCUCUUGUAUAAAUCCUGCUCCCUGUAUCCAUUGGGAAGAUACAUCAAUAUGUUAAAUUCCCGUGAUUCAGAGAAAAUCGGGCCUGUAAGGGUGUGUGUGUGUGUGUGUCCGUGCCUGCCAUGCUGUUGAUGUUGAACUCUUUCAUUUUCAAUAGCAGUGGUUUACAUAUUUGGUGCUUUAUGAAUGAUUUACAAGAACAAGUAAUAAACCAAACAUACUGACAGAAAAGGAAAAUAAUAAUGAUCACCGUUUCUGACUGAAUGAAUUGUAGACAGACUGACAGCUUUCCAAGUGACAUGACGAUGUUGGGCACACAAGGGAAACAAAUCUCAAUGCAAAAUCAGAAUGUUGACAACAAAUCCACAUUUUAACGUAUUUAUAACGUUUAUACAGAUGCCGUUAUACUCUAACAACUAGCAAAGGUUUCAACUCCACAGAUAAAUGCUGGACUACAGUUUUGAAUUUGUAUCAUGGUUGGGACAAAACGUUUACCUUUAUCUAUUUUAAAUACAUUAAGUCUAAGUGAUAUGAAUAGAGAAUGCUUUC